AUGGCUCAUCAACUGAUCCCCUUUGUGCGAGAAGAACACAAGGACCAGAAACUCUGUGAGGCAGCGAAUCUCUUGGAUUUUUAUGGCAAAUGUCCCCACAGCAGUUUCCUGAGAAUGAAGAUUUUGACACUGUUUAAUUUCAUCCUUGCAAAUUGUUUAAUAAUGGCCACUGGUAACUCGACUCUACAGAGUUGUUUUCAAGAGCAGCUGAGGCUCAAGGCCCAGGUGAGACUUCUGGAGUAUCGUGUGAAACAGCAGCAGGUAAAAAUUGUGCGGCUCUUACAGGAGAAGGAGAUUCAAUACCGUGACAAUGGAGAUGAAAACAGUGUUAUUGACCUGGGAGAAAAAAGACAAUACGCAGCAGAUUGUGCAGAGAUCUACAACGAUGGACAUAAACGCAGUGGAUUUUACAAGAUGAAACCUCUCCAGAGCCCAAGUGCGUUCCUCGCCUACUGUGACAUGUCAGAAGGGGGAGGCUGGACUGUUUUUCAGAGACGUUCUGAUGGCAGCCAGAAAUUUGAUAGAGUCUGGGAUGACUAUGAACAAGGUUUUGGAAAUUUUGUUUUGAGAAAUGGUGAAUACUGGCUUGGAAAUAAAAAUCUUCACUAUCUCACCGAUCAAGGAAACUAUACCCUAAGAAUCGAUCUCUCUGAUUUCGAAGGAGUACGUCGAUUUGCACAAUAUAAAAGCUUCAGAGUUGCUGAUGAAGAGAGCUCAUACCAGCUGAGCUGUGGCGAAUACUCUGGCACAGCUGGUGACUCCCUUACUGGGGGGUUUCACCCUGAAGUGAAAUGGUGGGCUGAUCACCGAGGAAUGAAAUUUAGUACACAAGACAGAGACAAUGACAACUAUGAAGGGAAUUGUGCUGAGGAGGACACAGCUGGCUGGUGGUUUAACAGGUGUCACACUUCCAACCUGAAUGGUGUGUACUACAAAGGACCUUAUACAGCAAAGACAGACAAUGGAAUUGUUUGGUACACAUGGCAUGGGUGGUGGUAUUCUCUGAAAUCUGUUGUCAUGAAGGUCAGACCAGCAGACUUUGAACCCAAUGUUGUUUAA